AUGUUACGCAGAGUCUCCAUCCUCGUCUUACUCGGUCUUAGCCUUCAUUUUCUCUGUGCCGCUAGUCCUACAAAGCGACACGGGGUUUCUAUCGCGCUCCCAAAACGUUCAUCGCUCACUAAACUCGAUGGAACCUUUGAUUAUGAUAGGGCUGUUGCUCAGACAGUCGCCACUCAGAACAAGCACCGUCAGAACUUGGUCAAUUACCUGAACAACUUUGGUUAUCUUCCCGAGGGAAUGGAAAUCAAGCCUGUUGUUACCGCUCCGCCUCCCUUGAUUGACGAAGGUGACGAUGAACUUUGGGCGGGCCAAAUUUCCAUCGGCAGUCCUGCACAGAAGUUUUUGGUCGACAUUGAUACUGGCUCCUCUGAUCUAUGGAUUCCAUCGUCUUCCUGCAAGAGUAGUGUAUGCUCAUCAAAGCAUAAAUACAACGCCGGUAGUUCUUCAACGUCCAAGAAGCUCUCCGGCACCUUUUCGAUUCAAUAUGGAGACGGCUCGUCGGUCUCUGGGCCGAUCUAUGAUGACACCGUAACUGUCGCUGGCAUUACCGUCACAGAACAGACACUCUCUGGUGUUACUGAGCUGUCUUCUGACUUUGAAAACGACCCAACUGAUGGCGUCUUUGGGUUUGCCUAUCCUAAAAUUUCCAACCUCCAGGCAAACACUUUCUUCGUGAAUGCAUUUCUCCAGGAUGCCGUUUCCUCCAAUGAAUUCAGCCUCUUCCUUGCCUCGUCUGGAUCGGAGCUCUUCCUCGGUGGGACCAACACUGAGAAGUAUUCCGGUGUCCCCGAGUUUCACAACGUCGAUCUUUCUACUGGAUUUUGGCAAAUAAGUGGAGCAAGUAUAACGUAUGGAUCCUCAACUGCAGUGUCUGGUUUUGAAACUAUUAUCGACUCUGGCACAACUAUCAUGUAUGGCCCGCCUGCCGCCGUGAAGAAGUUUUAUGCCAAAAUAUCUGGGUCUCAGUUAUACGAUGCUACGAAUGGGCUCUAUUCCUUCCCUUGUAGCACUUCUUCGUCGAUAUCCUUCAGUUGGGGUGGUAAAUCGUUUGCUAUAUCGUCGAAAAACUUCAAUCUCGGACAAACUGGUACGGGAUCUGCUCAGUGUGUCGGCGCUCUUGCUGGCCUGGAUCUUGGUCUCGGUAGCAGUACUUGGCUGCUUGGUGACAGUUUCAUGAAAAAUGUUUAUACUGUGUUCAGCUUUGAGCAGAACGCUGUUGGGUUUGCAAGCCUAGUCUAA